AGAUCGGCGUUGUCAGCUGGUCAGUCGGACAACAGUGAGUCGAAGUUUGAACGGUUUCGGACGCAGGGAGGGCAUGUGAGGUCGAGAUGGCGUACCAGACGUUCAGGCAGGAGUACCUGCAGAUGCCCCCUGUCACCAGGGCGUACACAACUGCCUGUGUCGUCACAACUAUAGCUGUUCAAUUGGAUCUGGUAUCUCCUUUCCAGCUCUACUUCAACCCCAUCCUCAUAGUCAAACAGUAUCAGUUAUGGAGGCUGGUGACCACUUUCUUGUUCUUUGGAACGAUAGGUUUCAAUUUCUUCUUCAACAUGAUUUUCACAUACCGGUACUGCCGAAUGCUUGAGGAAGGGUCGUUUCGUGGACGCACUGCUGAUUUUGUCGUCAUGUUCCUCUUCGGCGGCUUCUGGAUGAUUUGCUGUGCAUUUUUCGUAAACUUGCUCUUCUUGGGCCAGGCGUUCACAAUCAUGCUGGUUUAUGUUUGGUCGAGACGAAACCCCUACGUUCAAAUGAAUUUCUUUGGACUACUCAACUUCCAUGCUCCGUAUUUGCCAUGGGUGCUGUUGGGCUUUUCAGUCUUGUUGGGCAAUGCCUUUUCUGUCGACCUCAUCGGAAUGGCCGUCGGCCACCUCUAUUACUUUCUCGAGGAUGUCUUCCCACAGCAGGAGGGUGGAUUCAGGGUUUUGCGAACGCCGCAUCUGCUCAAAGUUCUGCUGGACCCUCAUCCGGAGGACGCCGACUACGCACCCUUGCCUGAAGAACGACCUGGCGGCUUCAACUGGGGCAACCAGCAGCAGCAACCACAGCCACCACAAGAAGACCAAAGGAACGAGUGAUUUUACUAAUUUCGUGGCACACAGCUUGAUUGUUUAAUGAAAGUAAUUAUUAAAUUAAUGCUUAAUUGUUCGUAACACUCACCCCUGCAAAGCAGUUGUCUAUUUGUUCAAUAUUAAAGUCAGGAUUUGUAUUAAAUUUGAUGAAAAAGAAAUAUUAUAAAUUAUAAUUUUCUCUAUAUUAA